UGCCGAGUGUCCGUACCGUGGCGUUGGAAGUGAUACGGAGGGGAGCCUGAUUGACCUUUUAAGCACAUUUGGGGAUUUACUGGCGAGCACCCAUACACAUUACUCAACUUCGGCGCUUUUGAAGCCUCCACGGUUCAUAUUCUCCCGUGAAGCAGGCAGCGUGUUUCAAACCGGCGGACCUGUCAAGACGCACGCGCCUGACGCGCGUCUCGCGCGUACGUAUCAGUUUGGGGGAAGCUCACUUAACGGUAAGCUUCCACAUUGGUUGCACCGAUUGCAAGUCGCGCAUUUCAACUGCGUGAAAAAAAAUGGGUGAUUUUGACUCGGCGAACGUAGCGAUUCCUCACAAAACAACAUUCCCUUCCUACCCCCUGCUGUUCUCACUCUUCCUCCACACCACCCCCCCUCUCCAAGCAUAAACACAACACCACCGUUGUUUAGCCCUCCCAGGUGAGCUCACGCCACCACUGGCAGGCAAUCUCACACUGCCCGCUUGACCCUCUCCGACAAGCGUCACCCCUCGCCCGUCUUCCAACCAGGGAGAGACGCUCUGCAUUGGGUCGGGUGGCACGCGUUUGACACGGCCCUUCCCGCUGGGCCCCGUUCGUUCACUCACGCGCAAAAUCAAACCUGUUGCGAACGGGGACAGCAAACCCGCAGCCGGUCAACGGUGAACUAGAUGGCAUCAUUCAAAAGAAGAGCAUGCCGUUGUGCGUCAAAGUCACGUGCUUUAAAAAAAUAACUUCACUUUGAAAGCGACCCUUGACGACCCCGAGAUAAAAUGUGUAAAGUCCAUCCUCACAGGGGGAGCACUUGAAAUUGCUCUUGGGGGGAAGUGGAAGGCAUUUUUUUUGGUUUUAGAAAUGUUGCUGGCGACGUGUCUCUAAUAUGCAUUUGUUUGCACCCACCGAAAAUGUUUUACGCGCGGGGCAAAUCGCACCGGCGUCGCCUUUCCUGUAAUGCCGCCGGUGUCACUCGGUCACCGAUCCUCCACGUGUCACGGGCCUCGUGUUGCCUGUGAGAUGGGGGAGGUGAUAGAGAUUCGGAGAGACUGAAAUCAAAGUAGGAGGAUAAAUAGAAGCAGCAAGGAGGUUGUCGUAGAGGACGGGGGAGAGGAACCGGAGGGAGGAGGAGGGGGGGUAUAGGUAAAGUCUCCAUUCUCUGCUUGAGAUAAGAGGAUGGAUGAGCAAGGGUUAGCUGGAACGUUCGGGGGAGAUUGGGGCACUUGCUGAAACGCAAACUGCUUUCGAGCACAAAGACUUCUCUCGACCAACGAGCGAUGCCCGUGAUGUUGAACACGUUUAGGGGCCGUGAUGAGCGCGUGUCGAAUGAGCGACGUGCAGAUGACGUGUCGACUCUCGCCGGGAGCGUGAUGAAUUGCGUGUUGCGCGCGUCAUGAAUAUUGCAUGCGAUGAUGGGCAUGUUCCACGACGUUUGGCUUGUGAUCUGCAGGAGAUAUGUGGCGAGCACGUGGGUUCCCCCCCCGGCAAUCGCUCGUCCCUCUCUCGCCUCCGUGCAAGGUGAACGUUGGAGCGCAGGCGACACGUGACCUCAUGACCACGGUCGUCCCCUCGCUGGAGAGCAGCGCGCCGUCCUCGAGUUCUGCGCCAGCGCACCGCAUGCCCGUGCACAGGCCUCUCUCGCAGUCCCUGUUGAGCCUGCCGUCUGCCGGGCCCCAGAGUUCGGCGCUGCGUGCCCAAUGCAGGCCGCACACGCUCAAGCUGGCCAGCAGCGAGGUGGACGUGUGCGGGGUCCGCGGCGGGCGGAGAGGGGAAGGGUGCCGGGCCGGCGGGCCGCCCGGAGGUUACGCGCUGCGCAGGACUCGGGCGCGUGACCUCAGCUGCGAGCCCACGACCCCGACGAACCCCGACGGGGACUUCGACCUGAGCGCGGAGCGCGGGGCUGAAUGCGGCUUCCGGCGGCGGCCGCCCCCUCGUCAGAAUGGCCUCGUCAACGGUGGCGCGCUCAACUCGCGUCCGUCGAGGGACGCCACCGCGACGACGGCCGCGGCGGUGGUGGCGCCGGAGGCGGGAGCGAGAGCGGCCAAUGCACGAGGCCGCGCCGAGGUCAUCCGCCAACGGAUCGAGCGCUGGGAGGGGCGGCAGGGGGAUGCCGACUCGGGGAACGGAGGGGGCGCCGUGGGCCGAGGAUUGGCCACUCCAAAGGAGCCGGCAGCACCGACAGGGCCAGAGAGGCAGCGAACGAGGAUGAAGAAGGAGGAGGAGGAGGAGGGUGUGAAACCAGGCGAGGUGCGCGAGCCUCUUGCUGGGCCACGAUCGCCGAGCCGCGAGGCCAGCACAGCCGCCGGAGUGAUCCAGCGGACACCACUUCCAGACAAAAGCCUCAGCGCCACAACCGGAGGAGGAGGAGAGGUGACGCUGCUGGACGAAUGCGGUCGCUCCAUGACUGGAGCAGCGGCCGCACGUGAGCGUGCGGGAUCAGCUCAGAGCCCGGGCGCUCGGCGGGACGUUACCGGGAAUGCUGAUGGCGUGCGGACGCGGAUGUGCGGAGGGUCUGAUUCGUGCAAGCCUCUCGCGGAGGCGCUAACCAACAACAAGCGUCUCUUCAUCAAAACCACGAACACGGAUGCCUCCUUAAAUAAUAAUGUCAGCGGUGGGGUUGGCCUUGUGCCCGGAGGCGAAAAAGCUGCAACGGUGAGACCGAGCAUGGCGUGCGCUGGCCAACUCAAAGCGGGGCCCUCGGAGGGCUGGUACCGCACGCCCGCCCACCCGCAGCCCAAGCCGGCAGCGGCAGCUUGUGCCCUGCCGGGCGCGCAGACCCAACGCCGCGGCGGACUGCAGGAAAGCGUCAAUGGGAAAUCGUCGGAGCGGAGAGAGCACGGGGGCUGUAGCGGCGAAGCCGUUGGCAGAGCAGCGGGGGGCGUCACUCGUACAGCAUCGGACAGGAUAGCGGAAUUAGGCGCGAGCGCGCGUGCCGGCGACUGCGCGUCGAGCAGGUGCGGCGCGACGGGGACGACCGCGAACAGCGAGAGGGUGGGGAGCCCCACGGUGCAGCCGGGCCGAGGGGGGAGCGACGCGGACGCGGGGCGCCGCGUGGCAGAGGGCCGCGGUGCACGGAGCAAAAGUCCCCGAGCGAUCGGGGCGACGGUCGGAUUCGUGCCUCCGGGUGAGCUCGACGGCGCGAGGAAGGAGGCGUCGCCCGCGGGCGAAGCAGCGCCGCGGGGCGGGGGCAAGCGAGGGGGCGUCGCCUCCGUUCUGUCCCGCGUGCGGACCCUGGAGCGCGCCACGCAGGACUGCCCCAACCACGGCGUGCCCGAGCUGCCCGGCAUCUUUUACGGCACGAGGGAGGCGCGGCGUUCGCGGGCCGGGCUCGGGCCCCGCGUGCCGGGCGCCGCCCGCGAGCGCCGGGCGUCCCCGGCGACGGCCGCCCGGCGGCGCCGCGACAGCCGUGGCUCGGAGCCGAGCGAGACGGACUACAGCACCGUGGGCAGCGUGUACAGCGCGCGCAGCGACGCGCCGUGGGACUCGGAGAACGUGUACGCCGACCCGGCGCUCUGCGACAGCCCCAGCCCGACGCUGUCGCCCGCGCGCACGCUCUCGCCCCCCCCCGCGGACGCGCCGCCGAAGCCGCGGCGGACGUUCGAGUACCGGGCCGGUCCGUUCGAGGGCAGCGGUGGCGGAGACGCCCCCGCGCCGCCCUCCUCGCUGCUGCCGCCGCCGUCCUCUCCGGCGCCGCCGCUGCCCAGCAGCCCCCCCCCGUGCUCUACGCAGCAGCCGCCGCGCCCUGGCCAGGACUGCUCGCGAUUGUCCUCCCCGGAGCCGAGUGCGGUGCCGUCGCGACCCCGUGUGCCACUGCAGGAGCUGCCCUUGCCUCCGUUCCAGCCGCACAGCCCCGAGUUCGGACUCGCCCUCUCCCAUGAAAACAUCUACGAGGACAUCAUCGAACCGUGCCCGCGCGAGAAUCCGUACGAGGACAUCGCCGACGGGGAGUGGGCCUCGAGCCUGGAGGACUCCUCCUCGCUCUGCUUGCGCAGCGCCCCCGGGAAGUCUCGCAGCGCCACCCUCUCCGAACCCAGGUUGCCGCCCUGGGGUGGAGGCGGCCGCCGAGGGGUCGGGCCGGGCGCCCGCGGGGGCGGCCGCACCUCCUCGCUGCGCGCCCCCCGGCCGGGACGUGGUGGGGCGGCGGCCGCCCGGGGCUCCCCCUCGUCGCUCCUCUUCGCCGGCGGCGGCCCCGACGAGGAGUGGGGCGCCGGCGCCAUGCCCGCCAGGGCCCCCAAGUCCGUGCAGAAGAUUAACAGCAUCUUCACUGCGCGGUGCGGCUGGAAGCGCUGGAAAAAGACGUCGGUGUCCAGCCCAGAGUCACUCAAAGAUGAGAACAGCGACAGUGAGAGUGACUCUGACGAGCAGCUGACAGAGCACCGGCUGCGCCUGGUGCACGUGGCGGCGGCGCUGCGUCGCGCCAAGAGCGGGCGCACGCUGGAGCUCGAGCAGCUCGACCCGCACAACCGCCGCCUCUUCGAGCACUUCGUGGUGGUGUCGCUUCGCGAGCGGCCCGCGGCGGGCUGCGGCGCGGGGCCGGGGGCGCCCGGCACCUUCACGCCGCAGCUCACCUACCAGUUCCCCAAGCUAGAGCGGCCGAGCCAGGAGGCGCGUGAGGCCGAGGAGAGACUCAAGGUCAUCCCCCACUUCUGCUUCCCCGACGUGCGCGAGCUGGGCCCCGUGGUGGGACCCGGAGCCCCGGAGGGACCCAGAGGGCCGUGUCCCAGUGAGACCUUCUCGUUCGUGCUCACGUACGAGGACGGCAUCCGCCGCUUCGGGUACUGCCGGAGGCUGACGCCCGAGGGGAAGGGCCUGCCCGAGGUGUACUGCAUCAUCAGCCGUCUGGGCUGCUUCACCCUCUUCUCAAAGAUCCUGGACGAGGUGGAGAAACGGCGCUGCAUGUCCCCAGCGCUCGUCUACCCCUUCAUGCGCGUGCUCGCCGACGCGCCCUUCCCCGCGCCCGGACGCACCGUGCGCCUCAAGAAUUUCCUUCCUGGCUCGGGCAACGAGGUGAUCGAGCUGAGGCGGCCGCUGGACUCGCGGCUCGAGCACGUGGACUUCUCGUGCCUGCUGGCGUGCCUGGGCACGCGGCACAUCGUGCAGGUGUUCGCCUCGCUGCUGCUGGAGCGUCGCAUCAUCCUGACGGCCGACCGGCUCAGCACGCUGUCGCAGUGCGGCCACGCCAUCGCCGCGCUGCUCUACCCGUUCGCGUGGCAGCACACCCUGGUGCCCGUGCUGCCCGCGUGCAUGCUGGACAUCGCGUGCGCCCCCACGCCCUUCCUCAUCGGCGUGCUCAGCUCCGCCCUGCCCCGCCUCCGAGAGUUGCCCAUCGAGGAGGUGCUGUUGGUGGAUCUGUGCGGCGAUCGCUUCCUGCGCCAGCUGGACGACGAGGACAGCAUUCUGCCGCGGAAGCUGCAGGGGGCGCUGGAGCACGCGCUGGAGCAGCGUCACGAGCUGUGCGCACGCGGCCCGGACUCGAGCGGAGAGGAGGCCGAGGGGGGUCAGGAGGACGCGGGAGACGGGAACCAGGACCGCGGCCCGCUGGAUCGCUUCGUCUCCGAGGCGUUUGUGCGCUUCUUCGUCGAGACCGUGGGCCACUACUCGCUGCACCUGGACGCGCUGGAGGCCCGCGAGCGGCGCGCCGAGCCCGGCGGGGCCCGCGGGAGGCGCGAGAGGGCGGAGCGGCGCCUGCAGCGCGAGACCUUCCGCAAGGCCGUGGCCUCCAAGAGCACGCGACGCUUCCUCGAGCUCUUCAUGGAGACGCAGAUGUUCGCCGGCUUCGUGCACGAGCGCGAGGCGCGGCGUGCCUGCCCCAGAGGCCUCUUUGAGGUGCGCGCAGCUCAGUACCUGGCGGAGACACCUGAAGCGGAACGUGGAGGGGUCAAUCGCUUCCUCAAAGGGCUCGGGAACAGAAUGAAGUUCCUCUCCAAGAAGUGACGCCUCGGGUACAGCACCGAGGUACGAAUUCUGGAGGCCCAAGCCUGAAACGCCGAGGGGUGGGGUGGGGGGUGGGGGCCGACGGUCACCCGUGGCCCAGUCUUGGCCCCUAAAAGAAGUCCCGGUGGCGGGGCCUGGUUGGGACCGGGGGCGUCCCUGAACCCAAGGUGGAGUCGGGAGGUCAAGGAUCACGGACGGGGACCCACGCAGGGAUCGACAGCCUCGGCUUGAACCUGGCGGGACGGCGAUGGGGGGCGGUGACCCCCCAGGCAGAGGACGCGGUCCCGGGGCUUGCGCCCCCCCCCCCCCCCCAAACUCCACGGGCUCGGCGCGUCCGCGGAAAUUAAAACGAGGAGGCCUGCUAACGAGCGUCGCGUCGCAACGGACUGGCUGCUCAGUGUUUGAAGUCCACGCUGGCAACCGAUGUUGGGGGGGGGGGGGGAGGGGGGCUAGGGGGGUUACCGUGGAGUGGAAUGGAAUGGGGUGAAGGCAGAGGGAAGGGUCUACAGCGUGCGGAACGCAGAGUGAGUGGAAUGGGAGGGAAAUGGACGAGGUCCAUCUGAAGGGAGAGCUUGAGAUCGAUGGUCGGGCAGCGUUCGCGGGAAUGUCGGGCGUUGAGACUUGAGAGGCGACCUACCUCCCCCGACUUUAAAGGUACAACACCCAUUGUAAGUUUGAAAUCUCAGACGUAACGUGCGUCACGUAAUACAGUAUCCGCAACCCAGUUUUUAUCGCGUUCCUCUAAGAUCAUUUGUAGCCUGUUGAUUCCAUUCUUGUUCAGUUUAUUGCUGUCCAAUUCUUUUAGUUUCCAUCAAUAUUGGACAACUGCAGUCCAUUUCCUUAUAUUUAUGUGCGUCAGGUACUUGAGUGCAUUUAUCCACAUUGAACGAAUUUCUGUGAAAAUUAAUCCGAGCGCAGUUCAGUUCAAGCCUUCAAAUAAACUCGAGUAGAGGAGUCCUUCUGCCGGUACUGA